CGAAUCUCUUUUACCUCACCUACAGCUACCAGAUAGCCCGGGCCCCACUUUUACAGGCCAACAGUUUCGCAAUCUCCCUCGCUUAUCUCUCGCUCUCUCUCACUUUACUCUCAUUCUCUCGCCUCCAAGCCUCGCUCCCCAGACAUGCCUCCACCAGAUUUUGCAGGCGCCCUGUCCGACACCUGAAGUCACAACAACACAAGUGAAGGCAGACCCAACAUGGAACCUCGUCGUCGCCCAUGGAGACCAGAUAUGGCGUGCUCUCGGCCAGCCAGGCUCCGCGCUCCGUGUCCCCCAGGAGGUGGAGGUAUAAAGGCAGACAAUGAUCCCCGGAUCCACGUCCUCGACGUCCUCCGCCUCGCAGGCGCGCGCUCGAACUCCCACCUCCUCCGGUGGUGAUAACGACACCGACAGCAGCAGCUGUCAAGCUCACGGAACGCCCUCGAGGCUUCGCCGAAUCGGCACCAUGCUCGCUCGACGAGCUCAUUUUGGUGGCCACAAAGCAACCCUGGACUUGAUGUCCUUCCCUCGCGAAAUUCGCGACCGCAUCUACGAGCUCUACCUGAGAGAGCAGAACGAGGAACCCCACCUCCGCAUCUUUGGUCCUGUACCCCCUCCUGGUCUCCUCCGAGCAGGCUCACCAGCAAGAACAGACAGAUCCACCACCUCCACCUCCACCUCCUCCUCCUCCUCCUCCCUCCUGUUCCCUCCACUCCGCCGCGCCCAAGCGGCAGGAGUCAGACUCUACCACCGCCUCACCCCGUCCUGCUUCCGACCCAAGCUCCCGCCCAUGGACCUCCAGAAGCGGGCAACCACACUCUUCCUCGUCUCCAAGACGAUCCACGCCGAAUCCAAAGCCAUCCUCUUCCUCAUCGCCAUCGUGGAAUCCGUCCCUCUCGCCCUCCGCCUCUCCCACACCCUCUUCAAGCUCUCCCACCCGACCCUCCCCUACCCAACCUACCAACCCGAGAUGUCCCUCUUCCUCGCCCCGCGCUCAACCCACUUCGUCCACAUCCGACACCUCAACAUCUUCGUAACGCCGCACGUCAUCCCGGACCUGACCAAGGUCCUCGAAGCGACAGAGCAAGACCCGCGCGACGCCGCGAUGAUCACCGCCAAACGCUUCGUCCGCUUCCGCGUCGUCCACCCGCGCGACCUCGCCCUCCACCGCACCUGGUUCGAACCCCUCCGCUACGUCGUCACGCACAUGCUCAACCUCACCCGCCUCGUCCUCGACAUGACGCACAUGCAGUGGCCGUCCAGCGUCGCCGCCACGUACCCCAUCCUGCGGAACCCGGACCCGGCCCUCGUGCCCGCCGCCUCCGUGGUGCGGCUCUUCAUGAAGGUGGUGUCGAAGUUGAAGAAGGAGCGUGCGUUUUUGCUGACAGCCGCGAGCGGUAUCGCGGACGGGAUGGUGAAUCUGAGUGGAAGGACCAGACAUCGUGGCGAUCCGGAUGUUAGGCGCGGCAUGUGGAAUGGGCUUAGGGAUGCGGUGAGAGAUGAUCCUGACAGUGCGGGUGAUAGGAAGGUGCUUACCGUCACGUACUUGCUCACCGACGAGCAGAUUGAGGAGCUGCAGACGCCUUCUUCGUCGGCAGCUGCUGGUGGUGGUGGUGGUGGUGAUGCGUCGUCUUCGUCGCCGUCGAACAGAGAGGGUGUUCCUGAUGUCCAGGUCGUCACGCACAGAGAUCCGCACUUCGUUGAGCAGUGGGGUUAUCGGAAUUGA